ACACACACACACACACACACACACACACACACACUCCCACCUCCCUCCUCUCUCAGUUUCAGUGACUGGUUAGAAAUGGCAGCUUCUGAGGACCCCUAAACGACUCUGGCAAAUUAAGGAGAAAUGCAUCCCUUGAAAUGGAUUAACUGAUUAACGGGAAUGUCAACAGUCCAGUCGUGAGCUGUAACGACAGACAGAAGAGGAUCCAGUGGCGUAUAUCUUUUCAAACAGCAGCGUCUGUUUGUCUGUCUGUGUGAAGUAUAUUGGGGUAAGAGAGACGUCGAUUAGCAUUAGCACUGUUAGCUCCGCUUCUGCUUUCGCCCGCCGCCGCCUCUCUCUCUCUCUCAGCCGAGCUUUCGCGCUCUUCCCGCCGCAUUCCCUCCCGCUCCAUCCCGCUCUGCUCUCACGCGCUGCCGAGGCUCCUGCGGCUCCUACGCCUGCUGUUACCGCUGUGUGCUGCGGGUCAUGAAAAGCUGCUUUUGUCCGAAAAGGAAGGACGCAGUGCAUUUUACAAAUUCCUCCAUGAUGCCUGAGGUACGGGAGCUUUCAGACGCCCUGCCAGAGAUGCCCAUGGACCCAAUCACUGGUGUAGGUGUUGUGGCCUCGAGAAACAGAGCUCCCACCGGCUAUGAUGUGGUUGCACAAACCACAGAUGGGAUUGAUGCAGACUUGUGGAAAGACGGCCUGUUCAAAUCCAAGGUGACCCGCUAUCUGUGCUUCACCAGAGCAUUCUCCAAAGAGAACAGUCAUUUAGGAAAUGUGCUCGUAGACAUGAAGCUCAUCGACAUCAAAGACACGCUGCCUGUGGGAUUUAUUCCCAUUCAGGAAACUGUGGACACACAGGAGCCGGCGUUCAGGAAGAGGAGGUUAUGCAUUAAGUUCAUCCCGAGAGACUCCACAGAAGCUGCCAUCUGUGAUAUCCGUAUCUUAGGACGCUCUAAACAGGCGCCGCCACAGUAUACAUUCAUAGGAGAGCUGAACAAUAUGGGGAUCUGGUACCGUAUGGGAAAGGUGCCACGGACCCAGGACUCUUCACCUAUACAAAACAACUCCACCACCAACACCACCAAUAACAUCCAGACUGUCACCAACAACUCCACUCCAGCGCCAGUCUUGCCCAAGCACAUAUCCAUGACCCUGCCGGCAUGUUUCAGAAAAAGCACAACCAGACCAGACUUUGAACACCAGAACUCCAACCUCUAUGCCAUCUCUGCUAUGGAUGGAGUGCCUUUCAUGAUUUCGGAGAAGUUUGCGUGUGCCUCCAGUGAUUUGCAGCAGGUGGAUCUAAUGGGCAUCAGAAUCAAAUCACUUGCAGAGAUUGAGAAAGAGUAUGAAUAUAGUUUCCGGACAGAGCACAGCGCCGCGGCCCGUCUGCCGCCCAGUCCCACCAGAACUUCUCUGGGCUCUGAGGCCUAAAGGUCACACGCUGGAGGAAAGAUGGAGAGGACUUCUGAAGACCUGAUCUGAGCAGAGACUCCCACACCUCUCUGAGAUUAAAACACAAACCCACGGAAACAAAGUUUGACAGAGGAAAAAAAAUCACUUUUUCCAUAUAAAAAAUUAACAAAUAUCAUCAUUUCAUGUGGUCAAGUUCAGUCUCUCUUAAGUUGAUGCUGCUUUUUCACUACAGUGAUCAAAUUAAAACCACUACAGUGUCGGAUGGGAAUGACCUGUGGAAACUCGUGUUCUUUUAGUAUUGCGUCUGAAGUCGCGUUUGGACUUAUUCUGGCUGCUGGACUGAGUUGCUGUUACCGUGGUGACUUUAUGAAGGGUCGGACUUGGACGUACCCUUGAGAAUUCACGUUUGAGCCCCUGCGUCUGCGUUCAUGCAGCAUGGAUUUGGAAGAGUAUUUUAUUUUUUUGUAUUUUGCCUCUUUUUGUUCAUUGCUGGGUUUUAUUAAGAUCGCAGCAACUGCAUGACUUGUUUUUUGUUUGUUUUUAAUCCGUUUGGAAAAGGAGCCGAGAUAACUGCACUGUUACAGGAUUUCAGUAUGCUUGUGUUUGUCUGGAAAAAGAUUUGAGAACAAGAACACUCGAACUCUGAGUGAGCCCUUGUACAUAGACAAGCGAUGAAUCAGGAAUGUGUCGUUUUAGAAUUGUGUGUUACUCGUUUUUUUCCCUUUUUGUCUUUGUAACGUCCCUUCCUGAUCUGAUCUAUCACUCCGCUUUCCACUGAAUAACUUUUACUGGGAUUUGACUCUCUUUCCGUCUGUCAUGAUGUUCGACGGUGCUCACGCACUUGGGUAUUGUUUCUGCCAGUCCAUUUGUGGCUUCUGAAGUUUAUGGUGAUAUUUUUUGACUUUUUUUAUUUUAUUUAAUAAACAAGUGAAUAUUUCCGCGGUUAUAUUUCACCCCAUGCAAGAUCCAAAGAAAAAAAAAGAAAUUAAAUUUUGCAUAAAGAAAAUAAAACCUAUUUUUUUGGGACAAUAAAGAUUUCUGAAACAUUUUAACUAAUUUUCCACAUUACUGUAAUGCAAAAAUCAUUUUAAAUUCUUGAAUUAAAUUCUGUACAGUGAGGUAGGCUUACUUUGUAAUUUAAAUUAUAUAUAGUUUUUUUCAUAUCACAUUAAUGAUGUUUUAAUGAGACUAGAGAAAUGUGCUUAAUUCUAAUGGAAAUAAUGUCACAAUGCAAAAAAAAAGUGCAGCUCUCUUGCUUCUUUAUGCAAAGUACAAUUUCUCAUUUCUUUCUUUUGAUUUUCAGGGUGAACAAAUGUAGUUGUUAGCCGUUCAGUUUUAGUAAAUCAUUCAGCAGUGGCACAUUGUUCACCGUACUCCUGCUGCUUCGUUUGAUAUGGUGACGAUUAUCGGUGAAAGUACAGUGUUAUUUGCGGGCGUUUCUUCCGAACGCCCCGCUGAAACCGCCAUCUCAGGUGAAAGUGUUCAGCUUGGAAACAGCACGUGUCUGGGUGAUUUAAGACGCCGAUCCAUUCAGAUGGUUUGACACCUUCACUGUGAGACUUUAAUCAAACACUCAGAUGGGUUUUAGAUUUCUCACGUUGUGGGUAAUAUUGUUUAAGCAGCUAUAUUGUUACAUGUUCUAACCACUAUGUGACUUUUAUUAUGUCAGUUUUUUUUAAACUCUGAUUUCAAAUCUGAAAUUAACCACAAAUCUCUCUUUUUAUUGUUUCAUGUCUGAGAAGGUUGAUAGCUUCAGACCUUCAAAACCGAUUUUUCAGGCAUUGGUCAAGCCUGUUUUGUUUUUUGGAUUGAAGAUGUCUAAUCUGUCUGUAAAACUCCCCAUGUUUAUAUCUAAAUAAAAUAGGAACCAAAAUUAUA